AUGAUUAUGUCCAUUGCCCACGGCGCUAACGACAUUUCUAAUGCUAUUGGGCCCUUCACAACGGAGUACGUGGUCUGGAAGUCGGGCGUUGUUAGUAAAAAGUCCGACACCCCUGAAUGGAUUAAGGCUGUUGGUGGCAUCACACUUGGAGUUGGCUUCUGGACCUUUGGCUACCACAUGAUGCGCAACCUUGGUAACCGAAUCACUAAGCAUUCUCCUACGCGCGGCUACUCGAUGGAGCUAUGCAUUACCGGUGCCGUGGUCGGUGUCGCGCUCGUCAACUGGGAUCUUAAGUCUAUUAACUGGAAACAGCUCGGCAAAAUCUUCAUUGGCUGGUGCUUGACUGUGCCUUGUGCUGGUUUGAUUGCUGGUAUCCUGAUGGGUAUUGCUAUUAACGUUCCUCAAUGGACUCACAAAUAA